AGCCACCAUGUUUUCUCUCAAGCAGCCCAAACCCACCUUCAAGUCCUACCUUCUGCCGCUGCCUCAGGCUGAAGACCAUACAGCUUCAGAACCAAGGAUUAAAAAACUGGAACCGGUACUUCUGCCAGGUGAAAUUGUGGUGAAUGAAGUAAAUUUUGUAAGAAAAUGCAUCGCAACAGACACAAGUCAGUAUGACCUGUGGGGCAAAUUGGUUUGCACUAACUUCAAGAUUUCCUUUAUUACGGAUGACCCGAUGCCACUACAGAAAUUCCAUUAUAAAAACCUCCUCCUUGGUGAACACGAUGUCCCACUGACAUGCAUUGAGCAGAUUGUCACAGUGAAUGACACCAAGAGGAAGCAGAAGGUCCUCGGUCCCAACCAAAAACUUAAGUUUAAUCCAACUGAAUUAAUAAUUUAUUGCAAAGACUUCCGUAUUGUCAGAUUUCGUUUUGAUGAAGCUGGGCCCGAAAGUGCAAAAAAGGUGUGCCUUGCAAUAGCUCAUUAUUCUCAGCCAACGGAUCUUCAGCUUCUCUUUGCAUUUGAGUAUGUUGGGGAAAUGUAUCAUAAUCCAGCAAAGAAGGUGAAUGGAAUAGACCCAGGAGGAGGUGGUGGUGGCAUCGGCAGUGCCAGUGGCCAGCAGACACCUUUGUUUGAAACUUACUCUGAUUGGGAUAGAGAAAUCAAAAGGACAGGUGCUUCAGAGUGGAGAGUUUGUUCAGUCAAUGAAGGUUAUAUGAUAUCCACUUGCCUUCCAGAAUAUUUUGUGGUCCCAUCUUCUUUAGCAGAUCAAGACCUUAAGCUGUACUCCUACUCCUUCAUUGGGAGACGGAUGCCGUUAUGGUCCUGGAAUCACCCUAAUGGGAGUGCCCUUGUAAGAAUGGCCAACAUUAAAGAUGUAUUGCAACAAAGAAGAAUUGAUCAAAGGAUUUGUAACGCAAUAACUCGAAGCCACCCCCUGAGAAGUGACGUUUACAAAUCUGAUCUGGACAAGUGUCUCCCCAACAUCCAGGAAAUCCAGGCUGCCCAUAUCAAGCUCAAACAGCUGUGUGUUAACGAGCCUUUUGAAGAAACUGAAGAGAAGUGGCUGUCCUCACUGGAAAAUACUCGCUGGUUGGAGUAUAUUAGGUCAUUUCUUAAGCAUUCUGCUGAGCUGGUGUACAUGAUGGAGUGUAAGCAUGUUUCUGUAGUUCUGCAAGAGGAAGAGGGACGGGACCUGAGCUGUCUUGCUGCUUCUCUCAUUCAAGUCAUGCUGGAUCCCUACUUCCGAACAAUCGUUGGAUUUCAAAGCUUAAUACAGAAGGAAUGGGUGAUGGCAGGAUACCAGUUUUUAGAUAGGUGUAACCACUUGAAGAGAUCUGACAAAGAGUCUCCGUUGUUCUUGAUGUUCCUGGACUGUGUGUGGCAGCUGCUGGAGCAGUACCCAGCCGCCUUCGAGUUCUCGGAAACGUACCUGACCGUACUGUACGACAGCGCACGCAUCUCACUCUUCGGCACUUUCCUCUUCAAUUGCCCUCACCAGCGAGUCAAGGAGAGCACUGAAUUUGCCAUAAGCAAAAAUAUUCAGCUGGGGGAUGAGAAAGGCCUCAGAUUUCCUUGUGUUUGGGACUGGUCUCUUCAGUUCACAAGCCGGGAUCGCCUGCUCUUUCACAACCCUUUCUACGUCGGGAAGAGCGCGCCGUGUGUACAGAAUGGAGCCGUGAAAACUUUCAAACGCUCAAAGAAAAACUACAGCUCCACAUUGCGAGGUGUCCCCCCAGCAUUAAAAAACGGAAUCAUCAGCGAGCAAGAGUUCCUUCCAAGAAGAAACUCUCUGAUACUAAAACUGAAACCGGACUUUUUACAGCAGACGGAGAGUCACAGUAACAGUAUGGAACAGUACUUCAGGGACUGGUUUGCAAAGCCUGUUGAUUUGCACGGCGUAAUCCUACCCCGGAUCUCUGGAACACAAAUAAAACUGUGGAAACUGUGCUACUUCCGCUGGGUUCCCGAGGCCCAGAUCAACCACGGUGGGUUCAUCACUGCUUUCCACAAGGUCUCUUUGCUGGCAGAUGAAGUAGACAUGUUAAACCGCAAUCUUCGGCAGUGCAAAAGCAACUCCUCUUUGCAAGGCAACUGCUCGGAACUGGAUCAAAGCAGGAUGUACUUCAGAGCAAACAGUUUAAAUGACACCUCUGGGCCCCCAGACUUUCUCUCCUCCUCAUUCCCGUUUUCUCCUGUAGGGAACCUGUGCAGGCGGAGCAUUCUGGGAACACCUUUAAGCAAAUUUCUAAGUGGUGCCAAAAUCUGGCUGUCCACUGAGACGCUUGCAAAUGAAGACUAAGGUGAUGUGACGGUUUAAAGGUUUGGGGAGAACGCAGCAUAUCAUUUUGUCUUUUCUAAGUUAACACUGCUCAACGCAGCAUUGAAAGCUGUAAUAAUUUUUAUAUACAAACAGUACGUAAGUUUUGCACAAAUGUUUAAACGCAAAGCGAGUCAUGCUUCAAAUCGCACAAUUUUGUAUUCAGUAGUUUUCAUCUGCGAGGGUUUCUGGUCCCCUUCUGCAUCUUUGUGGUUUGGCUCAUUACCUGUGAUGGAGCAUUUCAUUAGCUAAUUGAAGGGCUUGGUGUGGUCAUUAAUCAAAUGAGGGUCUGUUUGAAAUAUCUUUUCCCAGACAGUGACUGAAGCGACUCUUGUGUCAGACCAGUUUGGGAAAUGGAGGUAGUUUGGUGCAGACUGACGGCUGACUCUGGGAACAAACUAUUUUAUCAGAUUGCCUCUUCAGGAAGAAUACCUAUAUGCAUACAUACAUACAUACAUACCUACAUACAUACUAACGAGCUGCGACUUGAUCACCCUACAUAUGUGUUAAUACAGUGUCUAUCUGGGAGGAGGGGGGCUAUUCCCUUUUGUUUCUCUCCCCACAAUGUAUUCAUUAACAAUUAGAUUUGUGUUCUGUCAUGAGCUUGACUUCAGACUAUGGGAACUGACUUCAGGACAAUGCACUGUUAACCUUAAACAUUUACUGUAGAUACGGUGUCCUAGUAGCUUUAGAAGUGCCUUUACUUGGGAGGAGAUGGUCACGAGAUCACUGUAAUGCAGCUGACCCCCCCAACCUUUUACAGUUGAUUGUUACGGUAAGUUCUUCUUAAGCCUCCCCCUCUCCAUUCCUGGCCAUAACGGGCAGCCAGCUCCAGAGACAGCAGGUUCUUCCUGCUGUGGGGACAAGAGGGCUUAGAGGUGCCACCAUUUUACAUACCUGUCUGGCCAGAUGGACAGAGCAAUGGACAGGCACCGCCCGGGAGGGAAUUAAAUCCAACAGCCUCCCGCUGCGUAAUGCAGCAGCCUCCUCUGCUCUAAAAUCUUGUAACUGCUGCCUCUCCCCUGGGUGCUCUGCCAGAAAAAGCCUCAGGUUUCACAGGGAGAAAAGCAAGAGAGUAAAGAGGAAUUGUGAUGUGUCCUUCUCCCAGGCCAAGGCUUCUGUUGACUGUCUUCUCCUACCAGGCUGCAUUAGCCCAUUUCUGUGUAGAACACCGAUGCUGCUGAACCAAUUAGCAGCUAUUCUCAAUUACCAGGAGCUAAAAGAGCUGUAUUGAUGAUAAUACCCAGUAUAUUGGAGGGAUUUGGAGCUCAUUUGUUUGUAAAUCCAAAAUGGGCUUCAGCACAGCCUGAGUCACAGUGUGGGGUUUGGCUGUCUGAGGUUGUCCAAGUAUCUGUUUUGGAGAACACGCACCUGGAGUGGCCUUUGGGUGGUGGCUCUGUGCUGGAGACCUCCAUUGCAUUCGGGGCGGUUCCGUUGGAAGGUGAGGUGGUGGGAGGGGGGUGCUGUCCUGUUCUAACCAACCAAACUCCCAAACCCGGUUUUAUGCAAAGCCCUGUGCCCACGGGGUGGGACCCAACCAGCCAGAUUGGGUCUGGCCAACUGUUUGUGAGGAAAAAACGUGUAUUCACCUCAAUUGCCUAAUUAUGCUGCAAGACGGGCUGAGCAUGUUAAAUGGUCCACAAACCAGUUGUGUUUAUUUACUAGCUUGCUGGAGCAGUCAUCUGCCCUGUUCAGUUCAUUACUCAAAUGUUUGUAUUAGUUUGCUUUUGUGAUUUUUUUUUUUUUUUUUUUUAAUUAGCUUACUGCUUUCCCUGGCCUGAUACUUGACAUAAAAGACCUCAACCUGUGUGCUUUGUGUCUUUUGGUACCGAUGAUUUUUUUUUUUCCUUUUUAAAAUUACACUUAAAACUAUGGUGUUUCUUUUUUUUUUUUCCUUAAAAGUGUAACUUUUUUUGGUUUAAAGGUACCAAAAAAUAUGUAAAUAAAUUACUCCACGCAGGCAGCUGGUGGAAUAAAACAUAAAAUAAACGUUUAGGCUAGUACCCUUUGGGGGAAAAAAUGGGUACUGUAUUUAAACAGGAUUGUCUUUUAUAAGGAGAUUUCAGACAUUUUUACAUUUCAGCUCUAAGAUGUGUACAGAUGCUGCAGAUGGUCUUUGUAUUUUAUAUAUAUAGCACAGGAGGGGGUUAAAAAUAAUAUGCCUUCAUAAUAAACAAAACCUGUCUAAAUAUCUCUUUGCCAAACCGACUUUAAAAUAACUUCUACGCAGAUGAGAAAGGGGAGCUGGGCAGCGAGGCUGAGCUGGGGUGGGGGGAGGGCUCCAGCCCCCCCUUGCCCUGGAAAUGGCAGGGGAGGUUCUGCUCCCCCCGUGCGGAGGGGCCUCUGCUGCCCAGGAGCUGGCACAACUGCCCUGUCUCUGUGCGAGUGCACACCUGCCUGUGGAUGGUGUUUCUUCCUAUUAAACACCUUCAUUUUUUUAAUUUACUUUUUAAAGACAGGUACUAAAUGUUGAUUUUAAUAUAUCCUCCACUCUGCACAGUUGCCUUAUUACUAGUCAGUAACAUCUUUAAUAACUUUCAGAAGCAAUUUUGGGGUGCAAGUACGUAUCUUUAACUUCUCUGUAUAGAAUACUGACAUACAAGUGUGUAUAUAUGUGUGUGUGUGUAUAUAUAUACGUACACAUUUUCAAAUUUUAAUUUCUGUUCACCAUUUAAAACAAGAUACUGUUAAUGCCAUUUUGGUGUUGUAGAAAAACUACCAAGAAUCUUCUCUUUUUUUUGUCUGUUUCUAGAAAACGUGCACUAUUUUGGCUGUUAUUGGCUGUUCUAUCAUGACUUUGUACUACACUGUAGACCGCGUGGGGGGAAGAGAGAAUGCUGGUUAUAGGGUUGAAGUGUCCCUUCAGCGUCAUUAAUUACUGGGAGGUAGGGGGUGUUGUAGCCUUGGCGAUCAUGGUAGUGCAACCCUAUUCACCAUUUACUGCCAUGUAUCAAAGAAGUUUCAUUCCAGAAAUGCAUUGAGAAGUGUGUGUUUGUGUGUCCGUGUGUACCCAGGCCUGCACGCGUGUUCAACGUGCACCUGCCCGCAAUACCACUUUGAGAUUAACUGCCUUCUAUUUUUAAAGAAAAUGUAGCAAGUGGGGCAAAGGUUUUGGCUUACUCUCAGAUGGAAAGACAUUAAAACCAAAAAAAAAAAUCUAACAAAGAUUUAAGCAAAGGACGAAAUCUUAAAUUUGCCUCUAACGUAAAGAGACAGAAAUCUGUACCUCAAAUUGCUGUAGGCAGUAGGUUUCUAAUGCUGUUGCUGUGAUGGUUUAGCAUUCACUAUUUCAACUGAAACUAAAACCUUUGUGCCUGAUAAUGAUUUAUUGAGUAAAGUAGCAGUGCCAGGACGAUUAUAAAAUCCUGAUGCUGAGUUGUGAAUGUGAAGUAAAUUAGACUAAAUAAAAAUUCAUACCUUUCCACAGCGAA